AUGGAAAGGAAAGAGGGAUCAUUCACAAUUGGAUAUUACUUGUCCAAGAAGAAGCUGGAGGCUAUGCAGUGGGCCAGUAUUGUACAGUUCGCAAAGGACACUUAUAAUAUAACAUGUAUACCAAUGAAUCUUGAAUCAACAGAUCUACCAGACAAAUCACCUUAUGAUAUUGUCAUUCAUAAGUUCACCGAUGAGUUGUCCGAUCCAGACAAUGUUGACAACAUUCAUAAGAUUAAUAUGAUGGAGUGUUUGUUGAAGAAGUAUCCUACACUCAUUGAGGUUGACCCUUUGGCAUGUCAGAAGCCAUUGGUUGACAGACUGACAAUGAGCAACCUACUGGACAAACUCAAUGAGUUACCUGCCAACCUGAACAUCAAGAAUCCAAAGUUCCUAGUCCUCGAACAAGAGAAGCCAAACUAUGAUGAAGAGUUGAAGGACAUCAUGUUCCCAGUUGUGUGCAAGACUGUACAGGCAUGUGGAUCAAGAGAAUCACAUCAGAUGGCUAUAUUCUUUAAUAAGGAGGAGUUGAGCAGAUCAAAGACUGUGAAGCUACCAAUGCUCGUUCAAGAGUACAUUAAUCACAAUGCUAUAAUUUACAAGGUGUUUGUAAUUGGUGACUAUUUGAACGUCGUUCAUAGGAAGUCAUUGAGGAACCUCAACACUACAGAGACAGAGACAUUGACAUUCGACAGUCAGAAGCCACUGCCUGCCAACCUAUUGCCAGAGAUACCCUAUGACGAAUCCAUGGUGGACAUACCAUCACGUGACUCCCUCGUUGCCAUCUCCAAGGGCAUCCAGAAAGACCUCGGUCUAACCCUAUUCGGCUUUGACGUCAUCACUGACAUCACAACCAAGAAGAUCGCUGUCAUUGAUGUAAACUACUUCCCAGGAUAUGUAGGAAUACCAGACUUUAACAAGAUAUUGAUUGAUCACAUGUUGUAUAUUCACAAGUCCAAGUCAAAUGGAGGCAUAAACUAG